GCAUACAUUGUUGGUUGUUAACUAAGAAAUUAUGAGCUUUAGGUCCAUAAUAUGCUUAUUAAUCAAGGUUUUCAUCUGAACACAUGGCCUAUGCAACCAUUUUUUCUGCAUAUGGUUAUAGAGAUUUUGUGAUUAUGAUUUUCUAUAGCUUUAGGUCUAGUGAUAUAGGUAUUGAAAACUGUCAUCCUCUUUGGCUGCUUACACAUGUUUUCGUAAUUGCAACUUUAAGGAAAACUAAUUAGAGAAUACUUUAAGUCGACAAAAAGAAAAGAAAAACGAAUCAAUAAAAGUCAAAAAAAUAAGUUUAGAAGUCAAAAAGAAAAAAACGAAAUUAAAAUCUUAUACAAAAUGUAAGAUUCACUGCAGUAACAAUAUGGAUAAACAUACGAUAGAAAAAUUAGAUUAAGAAAUUAUAGUUUAAAGAUAGCUUAGUUUUUUUUUUCCCUGAGCAUAAAUAUAGGUCUAUAAAUAAAAGUCACAUACAUACCAAAUUUUGAUCCACGCUUUAAAAACGCGGAAUAUAAAUAUAAAAAUCUAAUAAAAACACAUCAAAUAUAAUGUUAUGGAUGUUAAUAUAAGUAAAUUGUUCCAUUUAAACUCAUUUAGUUUAUAGUGAGACUGUUUAACUCAAUUAAACCAAGUUAGUUAUAAGAUCUUAUGUGAUUUUCCCAUCUAGAUAUAUGAAUCACUGAAUAUAUUUUAUUUUGCUAUUUUAACUAUAAGUACUUAUAUUAAUUUAUAAUAUAUAAAGUAAUUUAUAUAUUAGGUUAUUUACAUAUAUUUAAUUAUUAACAUAAUAAUUUAAUUAUGAGUUAUUUUGAUAUGUUUUAAGGAUCAUAGUAGGAAUUUUGUUUUAAUAGUAUAGAUAUUGACAAAAAAAAAACAAAUUCACACACAUACACAUAUCAAAUGGAAUUUAAUUAAUAUUUUCACAACUAUAUCUGCAUCUUUUUGAAUAAUGUGAAGAUCUAUAAUACUAGGAUAAUGUGAAGAUCUAUAAUACUAUGAGAUAUAGGCUAAAUUUUAUCAAUCUUAAUAGGAAUUUUGUUUUAGUAGUAUAGAUGUUGACAAAAAAAAACAAAUUCACACAUACACAUAUCAAAUGAUAUUUAAUUAAUGUUUUUACAACUUUAUCUACAUAUUUUUGAAUAAUGUAAAGAUCUAUAAUACUAUGAGGUUUAAGUUAAAUUUUAUCAAUCAUAAUAUGAAUUCUGUUUUAAUAGUACAGAUGUUGACAAAAAACAAAUUCACACACAUACACAUAUCAAAUGGCAUUUAAUUCAUAUUUUCACAACAUUAUCUACAUCUUUUUGAAUGUUACAAAAAAAAAAAAAAAAAAAUCUACAUCUUUUUGAAUAAUGUGAAGAUCUAUAAUACUAUGAGGUUUAAGCUAAAUUUUUAACUAGUAAUUUUUUGAGUGAAAAAGUAAUUAAUGAUCCUUAAUUAGCCAUGGAUUCCAUCUUAUGGAUUCUCUAUAAAUAAUUGAAUGCACACACACGCAUAGAUAUGUCAACACAAGUAAAAAGUUGUGCAUUUGGUCUUGAAAUCGUAUAAGAUUAAUUAGAAAACAAUGUCUCAAUUGAAAAACAGAUCUUCACAAUGCUUAUGGACAAGUAAUAUUUGCAUUUUGUUAUUAUCAAUGUCGUCGAUGACUCUUGGAGCUGUCUCUAGACAUUAUGGAGAAGCUCUCACAAAGAGUCUUUUCUAUUUCGAAGCUCAACGCUCAGGAAAAUUGCCAUCAAACCAAAGAGUUAACUGGAGAGGAGACUCUGCACUUAGAGACGGUUCUGAUGCCCAUGUUGAUCUCACUGGAGGGUACUAUGACGCUGGAGACAACAUGAAGUUUGGAUUCCCAUUGGCGUUCACGACGACAAUGCUAGCAUGGAGCAGUGUUGAGAUGGCAUCGCAGCUUAAGGCUCAUAAAGAGCACAAAAACGUCCUUGCAGCUCUCAAAUGGGCCACUGACUAUCUUAUCAAAGCCCACCCAGAGCCCAAUGUUCUUUACGGACAAGUGGGAGACGGGAACUCGGACCAUGCGUGCUGGAUGAGACCCGAGGACAUGACAACUCCACGUCCUUCUUACCGCAUUGAUGCUCAGCAUCCAGGUGCUGACCUAGCAGGCGAGACAGCUGCAGCUAUGGCUGCAGCUUCUGUAGCUUUUGCGCCAUAUAACGCAGCCUAUGCCAAAAAACUCAUUAGUCACGCAAAAGAUCUAUUUGAAUUCGCCAAGGCUCACCCUGGCGUCUACCAAAGCUCCAUAUCUAACGCAGGUGGCUUCUACGCGAGCAGCGGCUACGAAGAUGAGCUAUUAUGGGCCGCGGCUUGGCUCCACCGUGCCACUAAGAAACAGAUUUAUCUCAACUAUUUAAAUGAAGCAUCUAAUACCGGAGGUUCAAGGACUGUUUUUGCAUGGGAUGAUAAGUUCGUGGGUGCACAAGUCUUGAUGGCCAAGCUUUCACUUGAAGGGAAAGUAAAUAUCAACAAGAAGAUGGAAGAGUACAAGAGUAUGGCUGAGCAGUUUAUUUGCAACUGUGCUCAAAAGGGCUCCAAUAACGUUAAGAUAACUCAGGGAGGUUUGCUUUGGUUCUUGCCGUGGAACAACCUCCAAUACACCACGGCCGCUUCCUUUGUCCUCUCUGCCUAUUCAAAGUAUCUUAAAGCCGCUAAUGCAUCCAUAAAAUGUCACGGUGGAUCUCUUCAAGCUUCUGAUCUUCGUAACCUCGCUCGUGCUCAGGUAGACUACAUACUUGGCUCAAACCCCAAGAACAUGAGCUACAUGGUUGGAUUCGGAACCAAUUAUCCUAAGAGACCACACCAUAGAGGAGCCUCUAUAGUGUCGAUCAAAAAGAACAGAACCGCUGUGGAGUGCAAUGCAGGGUUCAACGAUUGGUAUCACAGUCCUGCACCAAACCCUAACGUACUAACCGGAGCACUCGUGGGAGGACCCGACGAGAACGAUGCUUUCGGAGAUGAGAGGACUGAUUUCCAGCACAGUGAGCCUGUGCCAGCCACCGUUGCUCCAUUUGUUGGUGUUUUGGCCGCCAUUGCUUGAUUUCUCUCUCUUUUGUUUUAUAUAUAUAUCAUAAUAAAAGUCAUAGGUUGUUCAUUAACAUAGUUUUUAAAGUGGAAAAUGUAACUUCGUAAGUU